AUGUCUGUCGGUAUGGCCAAAGCCUACUCCUCCUACGACCGGGAGGCCAUGAAUGAAUUCAUCAUGACGCCGGUCUCGAGAGAAAUGAUUUCGUAUCUUGCGCAGAAAGCAUCGCAGGUCCUCCGUUGCGAAGACGAUGUGAUGCCCUCGACAUACAAUAAGGCGCAGCCACUCACCCCACCACACAGCCCUACCCAGGGCACCGCCGCGGCCACUCCUCGCAUUCCCUCCGUGGAGGAGUUUAUCCGCAACAUCGUCAAGCGCUCGCACGUCGAAGUGCCCACCCUGAUGACAUCACUGGUCUUCCUGGCCCGCUUGCGUGCCAAGCUGCCCCCGAUGUCCAAGGGCAUGCGCUGCACCCCCCACCGCAUCUUCCUGGCCUCUCUGAUACUGGCCGCCAAGAACAUCAACGACUCCAGCCCCAAGAACAAGUACUGGUCUCGCUACACCGUCGUGAACGGGUACUGCGGCUUCGGCUUCUCCUUGUCCGAGGUGAACCUGAUGGAACGCCAGCUGCUCGCCCUGCUCGAUUGGGACACGCGUGUGCGCGAGGACGAUCUCUUCGAGCACUUUGCACCCUUCCUCGCGCCCAUCAAGGAGGCCCUCAAGCUCCAGGACGACAUUGCCACCGCCAACGACUAUGAAUGGAAAUUGCAGGUGCAGAUGCUGUCCAAGCCCCACCUCCGCAGCGCCUCGCCAGCGUCGUCGCAAGGCCGCCUGCUCUCCGGAGGAGUGUACAGCUCGCCGGAAUCGAUGCGCAGCCACAGCAGCAUGCAGCUGGCGCGCCACAAGCGCCGCCAAUCCAGCUAUCGCGACGGCCGGUCCAUUUCGCCGCCGUCGAUCCGCGACGUGCCCGGUCUGUCAUACGAAGGCAGCGUGCAGGGCUCCUCGUCGCGCGCGUCCAGUCUUGCCCCCAGCUCGCGCGGGACGCCGGCGAGCUUCCAGACGGCUGCUACUGCUGACAUUCUGGUCGACGAUGACAAGAACAGCCCGUUGUCGGGCUACGCGAAUCUGGCCUCGGCGAAGUCGAAGACCAGCACGAAUAUCUUUUCAACCCAUGACGACCUCCAGCAGCAUCUGAAAAAGGCAAAGACCAUGGGCACAGGGUCGAGCGGGAACCUGUUCUCGAGAUUCUUUGUUUCGGCGGCGAAUUCAUAUGCAGAGAAGCGCGGUGCUCGCGCGGCUACGCGGAGCUGA